AUCGCGUCAAGAUGCAGCUUUUCGUACGUGGAUUUGAAACUAUUGAGGCUUUGGAGGUGUCCCAGGAUGCCACCAUCGCUGGAGUCAAGAACCAGCUCGCCCAGCUGCAUGGCUUCAACGCCGAGGAGGUGAGCCUCAACUGCGAGGGCACCACCCUGGCCAACGAGACGCCCGUGACCGCGCUUAGCUCCUUCGAGCUGGACAUCAACAUUCCCAUGCUUGGUGGUAAGGUGCACGGCUCUCUGGCUCGUGCCGGUAAGGUCAAGGGACAGACCCCCAAGGUGGAGAAGCAGGAGAAGAAGAAGAAGAAGACCGGCCGCGCCAAGCGCAGGAUCCAGUACAAUCGCCGCUUCGUGAACUUUGUCCAGGGCUUCGGCCGUCGUCGUGGCCCCAACGCCAACUCCACGUAAAGUGUGAACCGUGUCUCUGGGAUGAUGAACAAGUCGCUAUCUUUUAAUGCAUAAUGAUGUUCAUAAAGUAAUUUUCAAAAAUUAAACAAACUAUUUUACAAAUUUCAAGUUGUAAACCCGA